AUGGCAAAACAUCACCCAGAUCUUAUAAUGUGUAGAAAGCAACCUGGUAUUGCUAUUGGGCGUCUUUGUGAAAAAUGUGAUGGAAAAUGUGUGAUUUGUGAUUCAAUAUGUGAUGAAUGUAAUUAUGGUUCAUAUCAAGGUCGUUGUGUGAUUUGUGGUGCUCCUGGAGUAUCUGAUGCAUAUUAUUGUAAAGAAUGUGUAUUGCAAGAAAAGGAUGUGGAGGAAGUAGAAGCACUGUUGGUUUCUGGUGUUGAUGAUAAUGAUGAGGAGGCAUACAUGAAAUUGAUUGAUGAAACUAAAGAUACUAGACUCAGCCAUUUAUUAAAACAAACUGACCAGUAUCUUGAAUCAUUAGCAAAAGCGGUUUCCUCUCAACAAAAUCAAAAUUUUGAUAAUAAUUCUACGAUUAACGCUCAUAAUGGUCCAAGCAUAUCAUUAUCAUCAUCAGUUAUUGAUGAAGAUAAUAUUAUUGAGACAAGGGAUGGCAAGAAAAUUGAUUAUUAUCAAGUUGCACAUAGAAUAAAAGAGGAAAGACAAAAUGGUCCUUUUCUAAUAAUUGUUCCGUUAUCUACAUUGACAAAUUGGAUGGUGGAAUUGGAAAAAUGGGCACCAGAUAUUAAUAAAGUGGUUUAUAAAGGAACAAUUAAUGAGAGAAGAAGUAUACAACAAAGACACUUGAAACAUAUUGAUUUUCAAGUAUUUUUGACUACAUAUGAAUAUGUUAUUAAGGACAAACAACAAUUGGGUAAAAAUAAUUUACCCGAAUUGUGGUCAUUAUUAAACUUUGUUUUACCAAAGAUCUUUGACUCAUUGGAAAGUUUUGAUGAAUGGUUUAAUACGCCAUUUGCAAAUACUGGAGGUCAAGAUAAAAUAGCUUUAAAUGAAGAGGAGACGCUCUUGAUUAUUCGUCGUCUUCACAAAGUGCUUCGACCUUUUCUUUUAAGACGAUUAAAAAAAGAUGUUGAAUCUGAACUUCCAGAUAAGAUUGAAAAGAUAAUAAAAGUUAAAUUAUCAGCACUUCAAAUUAAAUUAUAUAAUCAAAUGAAAACACAUGGCGCAAUAUUUGUUAACAAAGGAGAAAAAGGGAAAACUGGUAUUAAGGGUCUUAACAACACAAUAAUGCAAUUAAGAAAAAUAUGUAAUCAUCCAUUUGUUUUUAAAGAAGUUGAAAAAGACAUCAAUAAAAGUAAUAGUAAUAAUGAAUAUUUAUACCGUAUUUUGGUAUUUUUUCAAAUGACUACAAUCAUGGAUAUAAUGCAAGAUUAUUUUGAAUGGAGAGGCUAUAGUUUUCUUAGAUUGGAUGGUACAACAAAAUCUGAAGACCGUACAAAACUUUUAGGACAAUUUAAUGCUCCUGCUUCACCAUAUUCCAUUUUCAUGAAUCCUCACCAAGACUUACAAGCUCAGGAUCGAGCUCAUAGAAUUGGACAAAAAAAUGAAGUUAAAAUUUUACGAUUGAUUUCACAAAAAUCCAUUGAAGAAAAUAUUUUGGCUCGUGCUCAAUAUAAACUUGAUAUUGAUGGUAAGGUGAUUCAAGCAGGAAAAUUUGAUCAUAAAAGCACUGCUCAAGAACGUGAAGAUUAUUUGAUUGACGAGGAGAGAGAAAAAAUCGAGGAAAGAGAAUGGUUAAGUUCAGGAAGUAGUAGUGUUAGAAAAGGUAGAUUAAUAGAAGAGCAUGAAUUGCCUCCUUUGUAUUUAGCAGAACAUGAGAAAAUAAUCAAAGCAGAAAAUGUUGAAGAAUAUGGUAGAGGUCAAAGACAACGAAAGGAAGUUCUCUAUGAUGAUGGUUUAACUGAAGAUCAAUACUUAAAAGUAAGUAAAGAUGAUGAAGAUAAUGAGGGCGAAGAACCAGAGGUGAAAGAACAAGAGGAUGAUGAAAAGCCAAAAAAGAAAAUUGCCAGUGAUGCAAGAUCUAUUAGGAAAGCUAAACAGAAAGCGACAGAAGGUAUCCACAAUAAUAUACAAGAGGAGUUGACGACUAUUGAAGAGUUAAAAAAUAUGAAAAAAAGGUCAAGGAGGAAAAGAGUGGACGUGAAAAUUGGUGAUGAUGAGGAUGACAAUGAAAUUGAAGAAAAUAAUAGGAAUGUUGCAAGUAGCAGCAGCAGCAGCUCGCAAAAAAUUAUACAAAAAGAUUUUAAAAAACAAAUGGUUGAUCAAAGCUCUUCCAUUAAAAUGAAAAAAGUAUUUCAUCAAUGUAUUGUUUAUCUUGAAAGCUUUAUUGACAAAUCAGACGAAAAACCACGUAAAAGAGCUGAAUUAUUCCUUGAUCUUCCUAACAGAAAAGAAUAUCCAUCCUAUUAUAAAGUAAUCAAAAAACCAGUAUCCCUUAAUCUUUUACGUAAACGCAUUAAUCGUGGACAUUAUAAGUCUUAUGAUGAAUUUUCCAAUGAUAUGACUUUGAUGUUUGAUAAUGCACGCACUUUCAAUGAAGAUGGAUCUGAAAUCUAUCAAGAUGCAAAUAUUCUACAGGAGGCAUUCAAUGCUAAGUUCACCCAACUUGUUUCUAAUAACCAAGAUAGUAGAUGA